CUGCUAUAUAGGAGGUGGAAAGCUAACAGAGUAAGAACCAAACUGAAACAGAUUUCCUCAGUCAACAGAGAAGCUGGGGUGUGACUUUUCAGGAAUGCCGAUGUCUUUGACUCAAAUAUUUUCCUCUAGGGCACUGCUGCUGCUCCUGGUGUCCUACCUGCUUUUGUGGGAGAAUGUGACCUCUGUACCCACUUGUGUCAAGAGGGAUAGGAAUACCCGGAAGUCCUUAAGGAGACUGUUUGCAUUGGCCACUUUUAUUUCUCAGAUCACCAGUAGACAAGCUGCAAAUUUGUUCGCUGAAUUUGACAAACAAUAUGCCCAAGGCAAGAGGUACAAUGACAGGAUCCCUGACAUCUGUCCCUCUGAUUUUCUUGAUACCCCAGGAAACAAGAACCAAGUUCUAGAAAGCAAACCAGAAGUUCUACUGAAACUGUUAUGCGAUCUACUGUAUUCCUGGAAUGACCCUCUGAAUCAUCUUGUGAAAGAAAUGUCUGCCAUGCCAGGAGACCCUAAUGCUAUCCUCUCCGAAGCCAGAACAAUUCAGGGAAAAGUUGGGCAACUCAUGGUGGGAGUUAAAACAAUACUCCGUGAGAUUGGAGAGAAACAUGAUGAGAGCUACCCUGUCUGGUCUGGGCUGUCAUCCUUGAAGUCAAGCAAUGAAGAUGUUCGCUGUUUUGCCUUUUAUAACAUGAUCCGCUGCCUGCUCAGAGAUUCCCGCAGAGUAACCACUUUUCUUGAGGUCCUCAAGUACCAAAUUAUUCAAAACAAAUGCUAACAGCAAAUUUAUGCCAUCUGUUUCUGAGAUGCCCCUAGAUAAGACAAUACUACAAGGCUCCAGUUUUCCCCUCUUUUCUUUAAAAAUAA